AUGUCGAGCGCACCCAUCCUUCCCACCAUCUCCCUCAACAUCAACUAUGAUGAAGAGCGGGCCAAGAUCGAAGACUUCCUCCUCCGCUUCAAAGCGCCUGCCUCUCGCCUUCCUACGCUCUCCUCCUCCAACUCGCCCAUCUCUCUCGACGACGACGAAGCCGAUGCGGCGGACGACGAGCUCUCCUCUGCGGUCGACCGUAUGGAUGUCGACCGAUCUCAGACUCAGCGCCGCGCUGCGACGCUCGCCUCGUCCUCCCGCGCCAUCCCCAUCUACAUGCACCAGCUGCAAUCCAUCGCAAACCGCGACCAAGACUCGCUCGUCAUCGACCUGAACGACGUUGCUUCGCACCACUUUUCCGAAUCCGGUGAGCCGGGCAAGGUGCUCGUCCGCUCGGUCGCCGAGAACGCCAAGCGCUAUCUCGACCUCUUCUGCGAGUGCGUGGACAAACUCAUCCCCGAGCCCUCCAAGGACAUUUCUCACAAAGACGACGUGCUCGACGUCAUCCGGCACCAACGUCAGGAACGCAAUGCGCGAACCACCGAAGCUGCCCAGGACCCAUCCCAAGGUGGCACGGGUGAAGACGCAGACACGUUCCCACCCACCCUUCUCCGUCGCUACACGCUCUACUUCCGCCCCUACACGGGCGACAAGGACGAGCCUCUCGCCGUGCGCGCCGUCCGCGGUUCCCACCUGGGCAAGCUCAUCACCGUUCGCGGCAUCGUCACGCGCGUUUCGGAGGUCAAGCCUUUCCUCCUGGUCGACGCCUACGCAUGCGACGUUUGCGGUGCCGAGGUCUUCCAAGAAGUCACCUCCCGUCAAUACAUGCCUCUCACACAGUGCAAUUCUCGUCGGUGUACGACGAACAACACGCGCGGUCCCCUCUACCCCCAGGUGCGCGCAUCCAAAUUCGUCCCCUUCCAAGAGAUCAAGAUCCAGGAGAUGGCAGAUCAGGUUCCGGUGGGUCACAUCCCACGCACCAUGACGAUCCACGUCUACGGACCGCAAACGCGCAGCAUGAACCCGGGCGAUGUGGUGCAUGUCGGAGGCAUUUUCUUGCCUAUGCCGUACAGCGGGUUCAAAGCGAUCCGCGCGGGUCUGUUGACGGAUACGUAUCUGGAUGCGCAGAGCAUUACGCAGUUGAAAAAGCAGUAUUCGGCGAUGCAGCGGACACCGGAGAUCGCAGCGCAGAUCGCCGAGCUCAAGGACGAUCCUGCGUUGUACCAGAAGUUGGCCUCUUCGAUCGCACCGGAGAUCUACGGGCAUGAAGACGUCAAGAAGUGCUUGCUGCUGCUGCUUGUCGGUGGAGUGUCCAAGACCGUUGGGGAUGGGAUGAAGAUCAGGGGUGACAUCAAUGUUUGCCUCAUGGGCGAUCCGGGUGUGGCCAAAUCGCAGUUGCUCAAGUACAUCUCCAAGGUCGCGCCUCGAGGCGUGUACACCACGGGUCGCGGUUCGUCCGGUGUGGGUCUUACCGCGGCCGUCAUGCGCGACCCGGUGACCGACGAGAUGGUGUUGGAAGGCGGCGCGUUGGUGUUGGCGGAUAACGGCAUUGCGUGCAUCGACGAGUUUGACAAGAUGGAGGAAUCCGAUCGAACCGCCAUCCACGAAGUCAUGGAGCAACAGACCAUAUCCAUCUCCAAAGCGGGCAUCACCACCACGCUCAAUGCGCGAACGUCGAUCCUCGCCGCAGCAAACCCGCUCUACGGGAGGUACAAUCCUCGUGUGUCGCCGGUGGACAACAUCAACCUCCCCGCAGCGCUGCUGAGUCGAUUCGACAUUCUCUAUCUCAUCCUCGACACGCCUACCCGCGACGAUGACGAGAGGUUGGCACAACACGUCACGUACGUCCACAUGCACAAUGCGCAUCCGGAGCUCGAAUUCGAUGUCAUCUCGCCCACGCUCAUGCGACACUACAUUGCCCUUGCUCGACAAAAACGUCCCGUUCUUAGCAAGGCCGUGUCGGACUACGUGGUUGGGGCGUAUGUUCAGAUGCGUAGUCAGUAUAAGGAGGAUGAUCUCUCGUCCACUUCGGGACCUGGUGGGAACGGCACUGGCUACGUCUCUGCACGAACGCUGCUUGGUAUCAUCCGUUUGUCUCAGGCACUGGCGAGAUUGCGAUUCGACGACUCCGUGUCCAUCCCGGAUGUCGACGAGGCGUUGCGUUUGCUCGAAGUAUCCAAAUCGUCCAUCCUCCACCACCCCUCCUUGGCCAACAACAGAGAUGCCUUGGGUCAGGAUCAAACCCACAUCAGCAAGAUCUACCGCAUCAUUCGGGACUACUACAACAAAAACGUUCGUUCGCUCGACGAUGACGACGACGAGGACGACCCGAUGGGCCAACAGGAUCAGGGCGUGAGUCUCGCCGAGCUCAGAGCGAGGGUACUGGCCAGCGGAUUCGUAGAGGACCAGUUCCAGGAGUGCGUCAAGGAGUACGAGGAUUUGGGCGUCGUACAUGUCGGUGCGACCAGGUUGACCUUCACCGGUUAG